UCCUCACUUCUCACAAACACCAAAAUACAUGCCAACAAACUUCUCCAUCAUGAGCGAUCACCUUUCCCGACCUUUUCGUAUUGAUGGUCUGGUUUAUACCUUUAUUGGGUAUAUGUUCCAUGAGCCUGUGGUUAUAAACAGUCAUCGCCACCUCCAGCACUUUAACAACAGAAGGCUCCAUCACAUCACUCAACUCGACCCAUACUAGUUCAACCUCUACAAAUAUGACAUCAUUUUCCUUAUCAAAGAAUUAGAAUGGGAUUUCCUUCUUCGUCAACCCCUCCAUCCUGCCUGUCCUGGUCCGGUGAAAUACUUCUACUCUAACCUUCGUUGUCAGGGUGUGAGUACUCGAAGCUUCACCACUGUUGUCUACGGUCAUCUUCUGACCAUUCCCGUGAAAGCUCCAAACGGGAUACUUGGAUUUACAUCUCAAGUACUUGACAUCACUCAUCCAUCCGAGUUUUGGAAGCAAGAGUUCAAGAUCAACACUGAGUACGAAAAAUUUUCAACAUAACCAACUGGAGGAUCUGAUUUACCUAUUCCAACAAGCUGGUUACCUCCUCGCUUAAGGAUUUUCAUCACUUCCUUACUCAUGUUUUCUUUCCUCGAUCCUUUAAUCUUGAUCGAGUUCUCCCCAUGGACCUCUGGAUAAUCUCCAGUGCCACUGUUAGGCGUAAGCUUGACUACUCCUGCCUCCUGUUUUCACACAUGCUCCAUGCAGGAGAUGAAAACUACCAGGGCCUUCUCCCUUUUGGUUCAAUCAUAACUCGACUGCUCAUCAAUUUGGGAGUAGACCUGUCAGAGUUUUGGAGUGUGUCAUCAACAAUGUAUAUAAGCGCACUAAAUGUGCUUAUGGUCCUUGAUCUCCCCGCUGAUAUUCCUCCUCCUCCUCCCCCUCUCCCUUCUGCCUCCAUUCUUGGCCUCGUCCUAAGCCUUCAUCUUCCAAGAAGGCCAAGUCUGCUGGAGAGCCAAGCUACACUGGUGGUCUGGUAUUUAAUGUGUCCGAAGGCAACUCCUCGUUUGAAGAUUCAGCUGCUUUUGCUCCUGCCUCUGCUUCCUAGCUGUCCCUUUUCUCUAAGGGAAUGAUCUCUGCUUGUUCAUUUUAUAAAAUGCUCAAGUAAUUUUGUAAUGUUGUCCUAUAGAUUAGGAGUAGCAUAAGUUUAGGGGGAAUACAUCCCUAUUAUGUUUACAGUUCCCUAUGUUUUGGACUGGUUUGUUUUGCUUUGCUAUCCUAUAGAAUAGGAGUAGCAUAUGUUUAGGGGGAACCUUCUUAAGUUCAUUGUCCUCACUUACUUUGUAACCCUAUAUUUUAAGUUAAUGCAAUUUCCUUUUAUUCGAGUGUUGUGGUCUGCUGUUUGUGUUUGUUCUUGUUUCAGAAUUCUCAGACUUGUUGAACGAAGGGGGAAAUUGUUGGCAAAAACGGCACAACUUCUUCUCAAAACGGCUACGCAUUCUCUACCACAUUAUACGACGGUGUUUCGUUCUUCCAAGUCUCCAAGAAACAAACAAAGCAAUCCAACUUUUCAUCUUCAUCGGGAAAAGCUUCUGCCUUAGCCUCUCUAAACUCUCUCGAUAUCUCCCUCGAGUACACUCCAUCCUCCCUCGAGAUCACUACAGAGUGGCCACCGCCUCUACAAGAGCUUCUGGAAAAGAGUCAUCAUGAGAUCUUGGAGACUCUACCAAACGCUCAUCUUCCUCGACUGUCUAUAAAUUAGGUAUCUGUUCUCCAUUGUAGAACUUGGCGAUUUGCAGUGAGUGAACAAUAGAGAGCUUUCCUUCUGCACUGGGUCCUUUGAUUGCUUCAGUAGCUCUUUCAUAGUGUUUGUAUAACUGGGUGAUUUGAGCUUGGGAAGUAGUCAGUCCAUUACUGAGUGUUUAAAGGGCCAAUUUGAUUGGCUCGACUAGGGUUCUUGUUUGAAAUAUCUUAUUUCAAUUAUCAUCAAUAAAAGGUUAUUUCUUUAUAAAUUACUAGCUCCAGAAAAUCAGUUGUAGAGUGAGAGUUUAAGUUUUCCAAAAAUUGAGACCUUCCCAUUCUGAUUUAACAAGACUUUGUUGAAUUGAAAUUGAAACCUCGGUUUUGCGCAAGUUUGCAAACUCAUUGUGUUUGGUGGAUUCCAAACUUGGUGAGCUUGUGUAUCGAUUGAAUAUUCCCUUCAAUCGUGGUCGAUCAACUUCCCUUUUAUACCAUACGAGCUUUCCCUAGGUGUGGAAUUGUCUGUUGGUUCCGUUUUAUCCAAUUUCGUAUUAAGAACGCAUUGUUCUUGAUACGAGUUCAAUCAAAUAUUCGGAUUGAUUGGCUGUUGCGUUACUUUGAUCAAAAGCACACUCCCUAGUGCUUUAUCAAGUGGUAUCAGAGUCUGGUUCAAAACCAGAGGCGGAGGAGUUAGUCGAAGAAGAAUUUCGUGCUAGAAGUUUGAUUAAAAAGAGGGAAGUCGAGCCCUAUUAUUUGCAGUUGUUGUUGUUGUUUCUGUUUUGAGUUUGUAAUUCAAUGACGAUAGUAGGAGAUUGGCUAUACGAGAGUUAGCCAGUUUACUGCUUUGUACUGGAAUCUAAUUCCAGUAGUGAAUUUCUGUUCUUACUGCUUCAGCUUUCUAUCCCGGUGAAGACUAGUCGUCUGCCAGGUAGUUAGACUGAGAGGGCUUGGUCAGCUUAAGAGAUUCCAAGCUACUGCCGGAUCUUCCGCAGUUUAAUCAACAGUAAAUCAACCCAGGGUAAAUUGCAAUUGAAACCUAACUAAAGAGCUAGGGGGAUUCAUUCCCGAGUGACUCUUUCCUGCUUAAGAAAACCGACUAAUUUCCUGCUUUAUUUCUGCUUUUAGUUUAAACAACAAUCACUUACUCUAGUUGGCUAGAUAACAGAGAAUCACUGAGUAAGCAGUAGAUCUAGAGCCCGGGUUGAUAAUAUAACUUGCCUGUUACUGCAUUCCCGGUCUGCGAUUACACUUGGUCGCAGAUUGGUGUUGUGUUUUGGCGUGUCAAGUUUUUGGCGCCGUUGCCGGGGACCCUCUAGGUUAUUGGGGAAACGUGAGAAUUUGUUACUCUAGCUUUUUAUUUACUGCAUUUUAUCUCUUCCACCUGUGUGCCUUCACGGGUUGUUUCUGCUGAUUGUGUGCAGGUAGUGCAUGACCCGUAGCCAGUCGGGAGAUCUACUACCACUAGACCAGGAGCUUGAACGAACCUGCAGAAACUUCAAGCGGGCUCUAAAGGCGCGACUGGCUGCGGAGGAGGCGCUAUCACAGCUGCAGUUAGAGGAGGAAGAAGAAGAGAUGGCUGAACCAGGGAACCAUGAUAUGAUCCCUGAGGAGCAAACCAUGGGAUCCUACUGGACCGCCAGAGCUGCGGACAUGAGGUCACCCAUUCAACAUCCUCAUGUCCCAGCCAACAAUUUUGAGGUGAGCACCUCAGUAAUCACCAUGCUGCGCGGUUCAGUGGUGUUCCGUGGUAAGGAGGGGGAGUGCCCCCGAUCACAUCUCCGGCGAUUCCACGAGCUCAUUGAUGGAAUCAAGAUCAAUGGGGUACCCGCAGAUGCCAUCCAGCUGAGGUACUUCCCAUUCACUCUGGAGGGGCAGGCCAAGGAGUGGCUAGACACUCGACCUCCAGGCUCCAUCACCACGUUCGCCAACCUGGCGGACAAGUUCCUCACCCGCUACCAUCCUCCGUCCAAGACGGCGGACUUGCAGAAGCAGAUCACCCACUUCACCCAGGAUGAAGAUGAGACCAUCCGGGAUGCUUGGGAGAGAUACAACAGUCUCUUCCUAAGAUGUCCCAAUCAUGGUUUCAACGAUGCUUUCAAGGUGGGAACCUUCUAUCAUGCCCUCUUCCCGGAGGACAAGCAGCUGAUUGAUUCUGUCUGUGGCGAGAACAUGCUGACCAAAACACCGCCACAGCUGAAUCAACUCUUUGAGGAGAUGGCGGAGAACGGAUACGAUUGGGGCACUGCCAGGAGAUCGAGACGAGCACCGGGACGGGGUGUGCAUGCUGUAGGCAUCCAGUCAUCUGAUUUGGUGCAGGUGGUAUCGAAGCUGGUGUCAGCUAUCGACCGUUCUGGUUUGAUUGCAGGUACAGGCCAGCCGCAGGCGAUGCUCUGCCAGUGGUGCGAGAGCACCCAUCACAUUGUGGAAGACUGCCAAGCGAUGAAGGAAUCGACAACACCCCAGGAGCAGGUGAACUUCAUCAACAAUGUUAGGCGCAACGACCCCUACAGUAACACCUACAAUGAGGGGUGGCGCCAGCAUCCUAACUUCUCCUGGGGUGGGGCAAAUUCCAGACCACCAGUUCCCCAGGGACCACCGGGCUUCCAGAGGCCACCAUAUCAGCCCAGACAGGGGCAAUUCCAGCAGCCACAGCAGUCUCUCUACCAGCCCAUGCAGGGGCAUGCUGCUCCAUCACAGCCGCGACCUUUCCAGCAGCCAGGUGCAGCCCCUGCCGCCCCAGUGCAGAAUGAUCAGAUGGCUGAACUGCGGGAAUUGGUGGGUUCUCUCGCCAGUUCUAGUGCUCAAAAAUUUAACACCAUCGAGCAGUUCAUGGAAAAGGCAUCGGGUAAAUUCCUGGCUCUUGAAGCUGGCCAGAGGAACACACAGGCUGUCUUGCAGGAUAUCCAGACCCAGCUGGGGAGUGUGGCUCAAGCAGUGGCACAAAGGGCUCCUGGUACUUUGCCCGGUCAGACCAUUCCUCACCCUCAGAACCCGAAUGAGCACUGCAAUGCCAUCAUGACCAGGAGUGGCAAGAUGACUGUUGAUCCACCUGCUCGGGCGCAAGAGAGAGAGGCCCCUGCCUCGGCAUCUCCAGCAGCUGAAGAAGAAGUAGAGAAGGAGGUUGAGGUGCCUGCACCUAAACCGCAACCAGUAGUGAAGGAGUAUAUCCCUAAACUCCCCUUCCCUACUCGGUUGCACAAAGACAGGCUGGAGGCAGAGUUCGAGAACUUCAUGGCCAUGCUUAGGAAGCUGAAUGUUCAAGUGCCUUUCCUGGAGGCACUAUCUCAAAUGCCUAAGUAUGCGAAGUUCCUGAAGGAGCUUCUUUCAAAGAAGCAGAAGCUGAGCGAGCUGGCCACUAUGGAGCUCAGCGAGGAGUGCUCGGCCAUUCUGCAGAACAAGCUUCCGCAGAAGCAGAAGGACCCAGGUAGUUUUACUAUCCCGUGCUCUAUAGAGAAUUUGCAUGUAGAGAGGUCCUUGGCGGAUCUAGGUGCUAGUAUAAAUGUUAUGCCAUAUAAGCUGUUUAAGAAACUAGGCCUAGGUGAACCCCGUGCUACUACGAUGAGUCUUCAAUUAGCUGACCGAUCUGUAGUGCAUCCUAGGGGCAUAGUGGAAGACCUUCUGGUUAAGGUUGGCAAAUUCAAUUAUCCCGUUGAUUUUGUGAUUUUGGACAUAAAUGAGGAUGUGAAUGUGCCAUUGAUACUAGGAAGGCCUUUCCUGGCCACCGCGAAGGCCCUCAUAGAUGUGCAUGAUGGGACCUUAGUUCUGAGAGAUGGUGAGGAGCGAAUAACAUUUUCAAUUUCUAAUACACAUCCUGCUUCCUCGCCUUUGCAUGCUGUAUCUCACCAGGAGCACGAGUCUGUCGUGUAUCCUCCUGUGCUGCCUAUUUUGCAGGAUCCGCCUCCCAUACCUUCGCCGCCACUCCCGUCCAAUCCGUCAUCGAAGGAACAAAUCAGGGAGGAGUGGCGGCCGAAACAGCAGGCAGCUAAGCCUGCUCGGAAGAAGGCCGGAGACCACUAUGAGCUGGUCCCGCCCCCACCUUGGCCAUCCGAGUAUUCACUCGCUUGCAUCCUGCCGGAUGGCCAAGUUGAAUUGGCAAAUGCUGGUGGCCACAUUCGGCGGGUACAUGGCCACCAGUUGAAGUUGUACCUCAAGAGCGAGGUGGAUCCGCUCUUGAAGGCACCUGCUCCUUCACCUCACUGAGCAUCCACUGACUGGCGUCCAGCUAAAAGACGGUAAAGAAGCGCUUGUGGGGAGGCAACCCCACCGAGGUUUGCAUUUUCUUACCUUUUUCUUUUUGAUUUUUUAUGUUUUUUGAGUCUUGAGAUGUUGUUCCAGAGUCGAAUGUCGUUUUGGAGUGAAAACAGGUUGAUUUUGGGGGUCCAGCAGCUCACACGGCCAAGAAUUAAACUCACACGGCCGUG